GGGAUACGAUAAAUCCUAGAGGUCGCUGGAGAGCGAAACCGACUGCCAUGGCGAACCUUAUUCGACGUUCUGCAAGAAUACCGUCUUUAAUCGGACAAUGUAGUCGAGUUUCUUCACUGCAGCACCAGCAGCUAAGAGGAUAUGCCGAGGCAGUCGGCAUUUCAUUUUCUAUGGCUUCUCCGAAUAAGGUGUUUUUUAAAGAUGAAACUAUUAAACAAGUGAAUGUGCCCACAAUUAAUGGAGUUUUUGGAAUUCUACCUCAACACGUUCCCACACUGGCUGUCUUACAACCAGGUGUUGUUUCUGUUGUUGUCAAUGACUCGGAGACCAAAAACAUAUUUGCCAGCAGUGGGUCUCUGACGGUGAACCCCGAUGGAUCCGUGCACAUCUUGGCUGAGGAGGCCUGUGAACUCUCCGACCUAGAUGUCAAUGAGGCGCGUGAAGGGAUGACCAAGGCCCAGCAUGCUCGGGAUGCUGCUGUAGAGGCUACAGACAAGGCAGAGUUCCAGAUCGAAGUGGACGCUUACGAAGCCAUCCUCAAAUCAGUGGAAACAAAGAGCUAGACCAUUCAUUGAUUAGUGACUAAUAAUUGAAAGUUUGAACAGAACAGUGUUAAAAUACAGGACAAUAUGUGAUUUGCGAAAUAAAGAACAUCAUAUUUAA